AUUUCUUGAAAUCCCAAUUAUAUUUUUACAGUAAUUUAAUUACAAUCAAUUUCUUUACACUUUCUGAAUCCACAAGGUUAUUUCUCCGUUCACUAUUAGAUUCAUAACACACCGGGAAGGGGGCUGAGAUGGUGGGAGAAACAGCGAAGAAGCUGGAUCACUUUCUUCUGGUGACAGUGCUGCUGCUGAUGUUAUUCUCGCCGCACACGACUCGUUGGGGAGCGAUUGCUUCUUCAAUCCAGCUUGACAACGGCACCCGCGCCGCCUUUGAUUACCAGGGCCGCAUGGAGGAGCCAGAGCUGCUCUUCGAUUCGGAAAUAAGCAGGAUGCUUGUUGACUAUCAGACUGUCACUGGGGCACUAAAUCCCCUACUAAGCCUGCAGUUUCCGACUGUAACCGACCUCCAAGGUACACAGGCUCAUGUCUUCCCGGUAAAAUCGUUGGUAAGCCAAAAGAAAAGUGUAGUAAUAAAGCCUACAAACGCAGCGGUUGCUAAUGAUAUUGGUAAAAAUGUUUUGUAUCUAUACUCUUAAAAUAAAGUCUUGGGGUGUGUGUGUGUUCAGUGUUUGUUUAAUUUGUUUUCCUUUAUAGCUUUCUGAUCAUGCGAUCAAAUGUAAUAAUAAUGUAAAUCAGUUAAUUGCUGAUGUGAAGUCUUUUGCUAA